GCCCGUUACUGUGGAAUGGCAGAGGGGAAGGGACAUGUCCUGGCAGAGCUCUAGUUACAACUCUUCUACCUCGUAACCUUCUUGCUUACUCCCUGCUGCUCACCUUAAUCAUCUGCCUGACUGCAACCUGAGGAUUAAAAGAUGUUAAAGGCAGUUUUAAAGAAAGGCCGAGAAGGUGUAAAAGCCAGCAAAAAAGACACAGGUGAAGAACUUGCUCAGAAUAUUUUAUUCACUGGUCACAAUGUGGACUUUCCUAUUGGUAGCUCAACCAUUCAGGAUGAUCCUUAUCAUAUGGGAUUCUCUAAAGGAGUCUCUGUGUCAUUACCGUCAUCACCACUUUUGCCGCGCCAAGCAUACUCCAUGCAACAUCGGGCACAAAAGAAAUCACCGGGACCAAUCAGAAAGCCAAAGUAUGUGGAGAGUCCCAGAGUGCCGGGAGAUGCCGUUGCAAUGCCAUUGAGGAAAGUCUCAGAGCUGCCGGAUCCCAGCCAGAAUGAAGAAACUGUAGAGAAGAAAUUAGGCUGUUCCCCUGCAGCGCAGGAGCUAAUGACUCGCCUGGGAUUCCUGCUUGGAGAAGGGAUUCCAGCCACUUCCAGAGGUCCCAUGGAUGAGAAAGCUGAAAAUAUGUGUACAGUAUCAAGUCACGGCAUAAGCCCUUGCUCAACACUGACAAACAGUACGGCAUCGCCAUCCACUGCCAGCCCUUGUUCAACCCUAAACAGCUGCAUCAGCAAGACAGCCAUCAAUAAAACCAGUCCUGGUGGAACCAUCAGCAGCCCCAGCUCCACACUGGAAAGCAAAGACAGCGGUAUCAUAGCAACCAUCACAAGCUCCUCUGAAAAUGAUGACCGCAGUGGAUCCAGUCUGGAGUGGAGCAGGGAUAGCAGCUUAAGGGCCGGGUCCCAUCACCAGGGGAUGAUUCAUGAGCGGAGAACGGAUAACUGCUCCCCAGUAGUGGAAGAAGAAACAUGUGUGACGGUGGACUGUUUAGCAAAGAUCGAUGUUCCUCAUGCAGAAGGCCCAGUUUCUUACGUGCAGAACUCCAGUUCCUUGGUGAUGCAGCGGCCCAACUCUGUAGCAGCCACAAGUUCGACCAAACUUGAAGACUUGGGUUACUUGGAUGUUCAAAGAAAUGUACCUUUGCGAACCUCAAUCAGGAUGCCCUGGAAUAAUACUGCAGGCACACGGGUUCAACAGGAGAUUAAAGCACGCUUUGUCCCCUACAAGCCACAGGACAUUCUGCUGAAGCCCUUAUUGUUCGAGGUGCCAAGUAUAACAACAGACUCAGUAUUUGUUGGGAGGGGCUGGCUUUUUCAAGAAAUAGAGGAGAAGCUGAAAAGUGCUGAGCCGCCAGAGCAUCGGGGAGUUGUGAUUGCGGGUUGUGUUGGAUUCGGAAAGACUGCCAUAAUUUCCAAGCUAGUAGCACUCAGCUGCCAUGGGACCCGCAUGAGGCAGAUCGCUUCCAACAGUCCCUCUUCAUCUCCCAGGAGUGUAGACCCCACUCAGGAUAUCCCACUCUCACAGACAUCUCCACUUAGCUUUGCCAUGUCUGGCUCAAGCACCUUGAAAACAUUGGGGACACGUGGAAGUCCUGAACAUCAAAAGCUAAUGGAUGAUUCACUAAAGCACCUGGCUUCUAAGGUUGUUGCCUAUCACUACUGUCAAGCAGACAACACAUAUACAUGCCUGGUUCCAGAAUUUGUGCACAGUGUUGCAGCCUUGCUAUGCCGAUCCCAUCAGCUGUCAGCUUACCGGGAACUUCUGAUCAAGGAACCUCAGUUACAGAGCAUGCUCAGCCUUCGGUCCUGUGUACAAGACCCUAUAGCUGCUUUUAGACGAGGAAUUCUGGAACCGAUGUCAAGCCUCCGGAGAGAGAGGAAAAUCCCUCAUGAAGAAGUCAUCAUUUUAGUCGAUGGUUUAAAUGAAGCUGAAUUUCAUAAACCAGAUUAUGGAGACACCAUAGCAUCUUUCCUUGCUAAAAUCAUUCCGUCCUUACCUCCCUGGAUGAAACUUAUUAUGACAGUACGGACUAAUUUUCAGGAAAUCACAAGUUUGUUGCCCUUGUCCAAGAUUUCAUUAGAUGAUUUUCGGGACAACAAAAACAUCUGCAACGAUCUGAGCGCUUAUAUACAGUACAGACACAGCACUAGCCAGGAAAUCAUGAACAAUAUUUCUCUCAAUGGCAAAACAGAUGUCAACACCAUCAGCAAGCUGAGUGACCACUUGGUUAUGAGAAGUCAGGGCUCCUACCUGUACCUCAAAUUGACUCUCGACCUUUUUGAGAAGGGGCAUUUGGUCAUUAAAAGCUCCAGCUACAAAGUAGUGCCAGUGUCUGUAUCUGAACUCUACUUGCUCCAAUGCAAUAUGAAAUUCAUGACAAACUCGGCAUUUGAGAAAGCACUUCCGAUUCUGAACAUGGCGCUGGCCUCCCUGCACCCCAUGGCGGAUGAGCAGAUCUUCCAGGCUAUAAAUGCUGGGAAUAUUUACGGGGAGCACAACUGGAAAGACUUUCAGCAGAGAAUGGAGACCCUGUCAUGCUUUUUAAUUAAAAGGAGGGAUAAGACACGAAUGUUCUGUCAUCCGUCCUUUAGAGAGUGGCUUGUUUGGCGAGCUGAUGGGGAAAGUACACAGUUUUUAUGUGAGCCACGAAGUGGACAUGCCCUUCUGGCCUUUAUGUUUUCCCGUCAGGAGGGGAAGUUAAAUCGGCAGCAAACAAUGGAACUAGGACACCAUAUUUUAAAAGCACAUAUAUUUAAGGGAAUGAGCAAGAAAUAUGGCAUCUCUUCCAGUAUGUUGCAGGCCCUAUGGAUUGGUUACAGCACUGACGGCUUAUCAGCAGCUCUUGCUUCCCUGAGGAACUUGUACACUCCCAAUGUUAAGGUAAGCCGGCUUCUCAUUCUGGCUGGAGCCAAUGUCAACUACAGGACCGAGGUCUUGAACAAUGCCCCAAUUCAGUGUGUCCAGGCCCACCUGGGCCAAGAAGAGAUGGUCAGUCUUCUGCUGGAGUUUGGGGUCUCAGUGGAUGGCAUGUCUGAAAACGGCAUGACCCCACUUUGCUUUGCAGCUGCGUCAGGCCACAUGAACAUUGUCUCACUUCUGUGCAAGAGAGGUGCUAAGGUUGAUCACAUGGACAAAAAAGGCCAAUGUGCUUUGGUGCACAGUGCACUACGGGGACAUUGUGAUAUCGUUAAAUAUUUACUGCGGUGUGAUUGGUCGUCUUCUAAUCAGCAACCGGGCUAUGUGCGGAAAGGCCAUGCUCUGCAACAAUCGCUGACGGCAGCCUGUAGCAUGGGGCACACAGAGGUGGUGAAAUGUCUCCUGAACCAGGACAAGGAUCAUCCACUGGACAUCAAUGAAAAUGACACAUUAUGGGGAGAAACAGCUCUUACAGCAGCGGCUGGACGGGGCAAAAUGGAAGUGUGUGAGCUGCUGAUCCACCAUGGAGCCAUCUUAUCCCGAGUCAACAGACGUGGAAUCUCUCCUUUGUUCUGUUCUGUGAGACAAGGACACUGGCAGAUUGCUAGGCUCCUCCUACAGCACAGCUGUGACGUCAACAUUAGCGACAAACAGGGCCGCACUCCCCUGAUGGUUUCUGCCUGUGAGGGUCACUGCGGCACAGUGGAGUUCCUUCUCUCUGAAGGUGCAGACAUUGCAGCGCUGGACAGGGAGGGUCUGACUGCGCUGAGCUGGGCCUGCUUAAAGGGCCACAAGGCUGUGGUUCAAUGUUUGGUGGAAAGGGGCUCAGCUAUUGAUCAGAUGGAUAGGAAUGGACGCACGCCCCUGGACUUGGCUGCUUUCUACGGAGAUGCGGAAAUAGUGCAGUAUUUGGUAGAUCACGGAGCCAUGAUCGAACAUGUCGACUACAGCGGGAUGCGUCCUUUGGAUCGAGCCAUCGGAUGUCGAAAUACGGCAGUGGUUGUUACACUGCUCAGGAAAGGAGCCAAACUAGGAAACGCAGCCUGGGCAAUGGCUACCUCUAAACCUGACAUUCUGAUCAUCCUCCUGCAGAAGUUAAUGGAUGAAGGGAAUCUGCUGUACAGAAAAGGGAAGAUGAAAGAAGCGGCACUGAGGUACCAGUAUGCCCUGCGCAAGUUUCCCCGGGAAGGGUUUGCAGAGGAAAUUAAAGCAUUCAAUGAGCUUCGCGUGUCUCUGUUUCUCAACUUGUCGAGGUGUCGCAGGAAAACAAAUGAUUUUGGAAUGGCUGAAGAGUUUGCCACCAAAGCGCUGGAGCUAAAACCAAAAUGCCAUGAAGCGUAUUACGCCAGGGCACGCGCUAACAGAAGCAGCAGGCAAUUUGUGGCAGCUCUUGCAGACCUCCAUGAAGCACUAAAGUUGUGUCCAAACAAUCUAGAAAUACAGAGACUUCUGACUAGAGUGGAAGAAGAAUUUAAGCAGCAGCAAAGGAUGCAGCAGAAGCAAUUCCAGCCCCCCACACAGGCACAUGCUGAAUCUGACCAUGAGGAGGAAUCUCUCACAGAGAUCCUGAGCAGCCCAAGUUUUGAAGAGAUCCAAGAAGAGCAAAGCCCACAGCUUGAUGAUCAUUACCAAGCAUCUCCUCAUACACAGGACUUAUCUCUUAACAGCAACCGGAUACAUGAACAUCAGAAAAAUAGGCCUGAAUCCCCCGUGGAACACCCCAGUAAGAACGUAGGUUUACAGCAAGCACUGAUAAAGAAGCCUACUAAGCAAGCACAAAUCGUGAAAACCAAUCAGCAUAUGAACUCUUUGCAGUUGGUUUCAAGAACUGGAAGUAGUUGUGGUGCCUACAAGACUUCUUUACCAUCAACCUUAACACCACUGAGCUCUGGUUCUUCCACAAACUCUUCGAACCCAGCCAACAGCAAAGCUUUCAAUACAGAUGGAACAAAUCUUGUAUCUUCUGGAAGCAAUAGUGUAGGAGCUCAUGCCUCCACAUACAGUGAUAAAAUGUCACCAGGACGUGGCAUUCAAAAGCAUGCCAGUGAUGUUGGAUCUUCAUAUAAGGCAUCAAGCUCCUUUGUGAGUAGUGCUAAAACAGCAGAAAAAUUACUAGGUCAUCUUGAGGCACAGGAAGCCCAGACACCCAGUGGUGGAAAAACUCUAGGGACAGACUGCAAAAAAAGGACAUUGCAUGGCUUAAUUUCAAGUAGCAGUUUCUCCGAAGGUGUUAAAGUACCUGACAUACAGAGUAAAGAAGGUAAACUGAACCAACCACAAGGUGGAGCAACUGAAUACAGACCACGCAACAUUCCCUUUAUGGGAAUCAUGGGUAAAGCCGCAAGAUCUUCACAACAGAACGUACCGUCGGGUAGAAGUUGGCAUAAUCAAGCGAUGGAGGGUUUUCAAAAAGAUAUCCCCUCUGCUGGGACCAUCCCAAGUGCAAACUUUGAAAAGAUGCCUGCCAGGCAGAUUCCUGUGUAUGGCAAUCACAACAAAACAAUGGCCAGCUCCUCUGGGGAAAACAUGCAUAAUGGUAUAGAAGAUGGAAAAGGUCAGAGGCCCAGUCACUUGCAGGAUCAAAAGGUGGCCAAAGCUACUCCCCAGCCAUACCUGGAAUCUAUCUCUAGAUCCCAGUCCUUGUUAGUUAAAGAGACAAAUAUAAGUGCUAUGCCACCCUCUAAACCAAAGCGAUCCUUUAUAGAGUCAAAUGUGUGACACAUUUAUGAACAUUGAGUGGAAGAACGUUCAUUACGUGAGUGCACUCUCAAUAGCCUUCUAUAAUUCAUACUGCUGUCUAUUAUCUCACAAGGUGAGGCCUUACCAGUUUGUGGGCGGGAUUGGACAAAGACACUUGGUGUAUAAACAGUUUUAUGGCAGUUAAUCACUUGUAAAUCAAAAUAGGGGGGCAGCCACUGACAGUUCAAAAUGCAUGAAAAUGUACUUUUUAUUGAAGUGGAAGAUCUAAUGCUGGGUAGAAUCUCACUGACUGACUUUGUGGAAUGUGGUAGGAAGCCAGAGUCUAGCACCACUACAUGGAAUGCAUACAAUUUUAUAUAUCUGGAUUUCAACAUUGCUUUUUUUUCCUGUUUAAACCAUAUAACGGUGGGAUUAAGUGAAACGUUAAGUUCACGUCUUUUUACCUGGAAUUUAUCUUCUAGAGCCUUAAACUUGAUUGGCUAGGGAGGCCACUUACCAAGCACAAAACGCUUAGUUGUGAGGAGCAAGUAGAGGCAGUGAAUGCUGGAGGUAGAUCAACAGGGGGUUCACAAAUGUUUCUCAGGAAUCUAGAACUUGUGGACCUUUGAUUUCUGGUAAACUACCAUACCAUUCCAUUCGUUGUUUGGCAUUGGCAGUUGGGAGAAUACAGGUCCCUGAUAUACAAAGUAGUGGGUAGUAGUGUUUUGACUCAUUUGGUAAACAGUGACAGCCUGCCUGGUAAUAGGAAGCCGAGAGAGAAUGAUAUAAGCCAGUGUACUGAUGAUGCUAUGAUCUCAGCAUACAUUAUUAUUGUUGUUAUACCUCAGUGCUAUCCUACAAGGCAAAUAUUUUUUGCAGUCCUUUUUAAAGGAGUUGCCUCAUGGGCUAUCAAUGUAGCUUUGUGAUACAUAAGAAUAGACCAAACAGGGCACAGAUUGACUCGGCUGAUGACCUGGCUAAUUGAGCAGGUCUUUAUAUUUCUGGUCUGGUUGGCAACAACUGCUCAGGGAUAAAGGCUUUAUAGACAGUCACUUAUCUAUAUCACAGGCUAGUGCUGCAGCUCCUGCAAAAUCCCUUGACUGCCGGAAACCCUUCACUGAGCACAGGAGGUGCCUUAAAGUGGUUGUAUCCACAAGUUGCUUUGUCUGCUUUGAAGCCUUUCCCAGUUAUAAGGUGAAAACAUGGAGGAUUUUGAUGCUCCAAAAGAACCAGUGGUAACCAGCUGACAGUUAGAUGCUGUAGAACAGCACAACUGGGAGUUAAAUUGGCCAUACUUUUGGCAAGUUAUGGGGCUGCUUAGACAGUGGUCCUGAUGGACUGAGGAUUAUCUGACCUGUUGGAGAAUUUCGCUUUGUUUUUUAAUUGUUUCAUUUGUUCAGACGACCACCCAAAUAAUCAGAAAAGUGUCUUAACGCAUGUAUGGCCCCUCAUCCAGUACUCGGGUGUACUUGGUCAGCCCAUUCAUGGCUGCCUUUAUAUUACAAUAUCGGAAGAACUAUGGCAGUAGCUUUCAUUCUCGGCACCAACUCAGUAUUAUAACAAUGUGCUGGUGCCUUUAAUAUAAAUCUGUAAAGAACAGUUUGUUUGUAUGAAGCUCUUAUAAGGCAUCAUGUUAUGUCUUGUAUUUAUUGUGUUGAACUUAAACUUCUGAAAGGGGAUAUUUGGCCCUAGAUGCAACAUUCUGCCAUUAGUGUAUCAAUAUCCAAAGAUGAUUUUACUCUUUUUCCUUCAAGAGGUCAGUGGCCAGAUAUAAUAGUUGGAUCCUGUAAGUCUGAAUGUAAUUCCUCUGUAUGUUGCCAUUUCCAUAAUGUCAUCUGUAAUCUUAGGUUUAUUUAAUUGGGGGGGGGGGCACAGGCAGAGAUUGUAACAAUAUAUUGUUUUGUUCUAUAAGUUUUCUCUAUGUCCAUAUAACCUCAUGUUAAAGAGAAGCAAGUGAGCUGUAUAUCGCAUGCAUGUUAUAACUUCAGUCGUGCCGGGGUAUUGCACUGAAUGAUCCAUAUAGAAGUAUAUUAAUGGCACAUAUCAGUUCUAACCAUUACUGCACUUUAUAUUCUUUUAUAAAGGACACCUCUAAGGUGCUAUCUUACAGAAGAUCAUUGUACAGAGAGUGAAAGAGAAAAGGUACAGAAUUAGUUACAUAUUUUGAACAGCAAGAAAAUGUUUGUGGUUUGGUGAAACAAUUUUUUUAUUUGCUUUUCCUACGUGCGAUUGUUUUGUACGCAGUGGUUUUUAAACUUUCCAUUUCUGUAUAUAUAUAUAUAUAUUUUACUAAUCGUUUUAUCAAACAGGUUGCCCUACUCGUAGGUGAGCGAGGAUGAAAGACAUCACUAUGUAUGUUCCAUGUACAAAUGUUUCUCUAUAGAGCUUAUUUAUUUUGUACAAUAUCUGAAUCUCUGUCGCCUUCAUUUGGUUUGUAACUCUGUUUUGCACAUCUACUGUAUUUCCACAAGGAAUAAACAAACUGUAUUAGAGAAUGCUGCAACUCAUUGACAUUUGGCCACAUUCACCCAGGGAUUAGCAGGGCCACAGAUUCACACGUCUGAGGCAAAGUUUUGCAAAACUAGGUCUUACAAAAAGGUCUCUGAAGAUCUUGGGUUUAGUGAGGGCCAAAAAAACUCAACAUUCAGGCCACAGUCCUGUUCAGCUGUCACUGACCCCGGUAACUAGAAAAUCUGGGUGCAAGGGGAAAUUUGAUCCUAGCCCAGUUGCUGAAAUGUCACAAUGGAGACAACAAAAAAAUAAAAAAUGAUCAGUCUCAGAAUUUCAUUGUCUACAAAAAACUAAGUUAUGUUCAAGUCGAAUUAUUAUGUUUAAAGGCAAGGCCACACGGGGAGAUUUUUCCCAAACUGCCUCAGCGAUGCGUUUUCAAUAACUUUGGGCGACAAUUGAAAACGCAUCGCCGCGUGUGCUUUAGCGCAGGCGACUUUUUAUUGUAGCCAAUGAGAACACACGCUGAGGCAGUUUGGUGAGAUUGUCGCUCAGAAGACGAGGCGAUUAGUCGUCAGGCGACAAAAUCUCCCCGAAUCUCCUUGUGUGGACUUACCCUUAGAUAGUUAGAAUAGAAGCACAAGAACAUAACUUAUAGAGUGUACCAACUUCCAUAUGUAAUAAUAGGCUCUGAGUUUGCCCAGGUAUUAUAACACAUAGUAACCAAUAAGAUGCGUACUUUUAAACAGGUGACAAGUAAAUGCUACCUGCUGAUUGGUUGCUAUAGGUGAUAAGAGCUUUAGUAAACUUUGCACCUUUUAUUACAUAAACCCCUACGCCACAUACAGUAUUUAUGGGAGAUCCCCUGUCCUGCAGCAUCAAUGCAUCUAAUAAACCUUUUAAUACAGAAUAAUGGAGAUCCAGCUUAAUUGUGGGAAAAUGCAAAUCACUGCAUCUUUUUACAGCAGAUCAUGUUUUACAUGUGGCAACUUGAUAAAGGGUAUUGAACCCGAAACAUGUUGUGUUAACCACUGCCUGGAAUAAAAAGUUGUUUGCAGUAAUA